UUCUCUGGCAAUCGUUUGUUCAGCAUGCAAUGCCACGCCAACGCGUGUAGCCUACGGAUAGGCCUACUUGUAGGUGCAGGCAGGAUUGUGGUUAGCUCAAGGCUUUCCAAACCAGGACGGGUAGGCCACUCUAAAUGAGAUAGAAUGCUGAAAUAUUAAAGUCAGCCAACAGCUAUCGGAUUAGCCCUCACCACCAAGUCUACGGUUGUUUGGCAGCUUCGGCUGCAGACUGCAUUUUAAAUUCAGUUUCAAUUCGUUUUUAAAGCUUGGCGUGCUUCAUGAGCGGAGGUAUUAUCAGAGCGAUGGACAUGAAGACUCCACAUGUGACCCAUCAGCAAGCCAGCGGCCUGCUCCACAACAAAUUUGUUGUUGUCCUAGGAAGUUCAUUUCAGCGUGGGGUAUAUAAAGAUCUUGUGCUGCUGUUACAGAAAGAUAACUACCUGUCCCUGUCUCAACUAAAGAACAAGGGAGAGGAGCAAUUUGAAAAGGAUGAGCUUCUUAAGGGUGGCAGAAAAGGACAGCUGUCCAAUGGAACUCAGUACAAGGAGGUCAGAGAAUACACUUCGGACCACCACCUUGUUCGCUUUUAUUUUAUCACUCGCGUAUAUUCUGAGUAUGUGCAGAGAAUUUUGGAAGACUUCAAAAACGGUCUCAAACCAGACUUGGUCAUCGUCAACUCUUGCGUGUGGGACGUCUCCAGAUAUGGGCGACAGUGGGAGCCAGACUACUUAGAAAAUCUAAACACGUUUUUCGGAAAGCUGAGAACCAUCCUCCCAGAUGAGGCUUUGAUCAUCUGGAACUUGACCAUGCCUCUGGGCAAAACCAUUAUUGGUGGCUUUCUGGUACCAGAGAUUGCGGAGUUUGGCCCGUCGCUGCGUUUCGAUAUCAUCGAGGCCAACUACUGCAGCACCACGCUGGCCAGCGUGUACGGCCUGGACGUGCUGGACCUACACUUCCAGUUCCGCUUCAGCCUACAGCACCGCAUGAAGGACGGGGUGCACUGGAACGCCGUGGCCCAUCGCCGCAUCACCUGCCUGCUGCUGGCGCACGUUGCCAACGCCUGGGGUGUCGAGCUGCCACCAUCACAGCCCCCAAAAGGUCUGAAUCAGAGAUUUAGCAGCGAAGAUGUAGCCACCAAGGCAAUGUACCAACAGCCAAGGAAAGCCCAAAGACCAGUCACUAGUUGGAGACCUAAGGAAUGGAAGGUCAACUACCCACAGCCUGCCACUUCCUGGAAGACUCCACACUUCUAUGGAGUCACUAGGUGGAGACUCCAGGAGAGGAGGGCUGACUGCUACCCACUGCCUGACAACCCCUUGAAGGUUCCGCACUGCUAUGGAGGUCUAAAUCGGAGCUUUAGCAAGCAAGAUCCGGCCACCAAGGAGAUGUACCAGCAACCAAGGAAUGGCCAGAAUUCAGUCACUAGGUGGAGACUCCAGCAAAGGAGGUCUGACUACUACUUAUCACCUGCCACCCCUACAAAGCCUUCACACUACAGUGGAGGUCUAAAUCGGAGCUUUAGCAAGCAAGAUCCGGCCACCAAGGAGAUGUACCAGCAACCAAGGAACGGCCAGAAUUCAGUCACUAGGUGGAGACUUCAGGAGAGAAGGGCUGACUGCUACCCACUGCUUGAAAGCCCCACGAAGGCUGUACACUGCUAUGGAGGUGAAGGUCUGAAUCAGCACUUUAGCGACCAAUAUCCAGCCACCAUGGAGAUGUACCAGCAACCAAGAAAUGCUCACAAUUCAGGGAACGACCCAAGAAUGAGAAUCACUAGAUGGAGAUUACAGGAAAAGAGGGGUGACCACUACCUUCCGCAUAACACCCUCAUGAAGAAUCCAUCCUGCUAUGGAGAACCAACUGGAUUUGACAGGUACGAGAAUCGCCUCAAUUACCAGUGUACAUACCAGGAGCCACAUUUCAGGGAGCCACAUUUUGUGACAAGAGAUUUCCCCAGAGGCUACACUGCACCUCAGCUGGCUGGACAGUCUUGUACAACCAGGACCAAAGUCACCAGGUGGAGCUUCCAGGAAAGGAGGGAUGACCACUAUCUGCCACCUGUCACCCCAACAAAGCCUUCACACUGUUGUCGAGUGAGACAUGUCUCUCUUGUGAGUUCGAAUUGGCAAGAUCCAGCCACCAAUGAUGUGUACCAGCAACCAAGGAAUGCCCAAAAUUCAGUCACUAGUUUGAGACCCCAGAAAAGGAGGGCGGACUGCUACAUGAUGUCUACCCCCCACCCGAAGGCUCCACGCUGCUAUGGAGUGACGUGUGUCUGUCUUGUAGGUGUGAAUCAGAGUUUUGGCGAACAAGAUCUGGCUACCAGUGUGAUGUACCAGCAACCAAGGAAUACUCAGGAUUCAGUCACUAGAUGGAGACUCCAGGAAGGGAGGGCUGGCUGCUACUCACUGCCUGACAGCCCCUUGAAUAUUCCGCAUUGCUAUGGAGUCACUAGAAGCAGCCUUCAGGAAAGGAGGGAUGACCUCUACCUGUCGCCUGCCACCCCAACAAAGCCUUCACACAGCUUUAGAGAACCAACUGGAUUUGACAGGUGCGAGAAUGACCAGUAUCCAUACAAGAAGCCACAUUUCAGGAAGCCACAUUUUCAAAGAGAUUUCCCCAGAGGCUACACUGCACCUCAGCUGGCUGGACAGUCUUAUUGUACGACCAGGACCAAAGCUCCAGACUUCUCUAUUGGCAACCAUCAACGCCACUCUCUAAAUGACAACUAUGUGAUGCGGAGCAAGUACUCCUGCCGUGCCCAGUACAGGCCGUACUGAGACCCUUCUGCCAUCCCUCCGAUUACAUUUUAAAAUGGAGCAGCUUUUACAAUUUUGCCAUUUACUAUUAAAAAAAAAUUAACUAUUGAAAAUAAAAUUGAAAUCAAUUUAGAUUAAAAAAAAAAUAAAAAAAAACU